UUCUCUAACUGUAAUUGAUAACACAUAUAAUGUGCCCUGUUUUUAGAGGGAAAUGGGUUGCUACUCAUGAUUUUUGGUAGGUAUUCACCUAAAAUCAAUAGUAAGACUAAAUUGCAUACAUUAAGAAAACCCAAAAGUGAUUCUUAGCACCCAUGCAGGUGGGUCUAAAAUACUAAGCAAGUUCAAGAUAUCUACAAUGGCAGAAACAGCAACAUUCUGUGUUUCAUGCAGAAAAGAAGGGUGAGCUCCAAAAAAUGCACAUCUUUGAAAAAUACUUCCUACCUUUGUAGUAUAGUGAGGUAGGUAUAAACAGCUGCAAAUAAAAUUAAAAACUUGCAAAGCUAGAAUGAAAUUUCUUCUGGUAUACACUUUAAUCCAUAUUCAUGUCUCUAUGACACAAUUUGUUUUUGUCAUGGCUCCUAUGAGUGCUUCACUUCAUGCAAUGUACACCACAUAUGUAAAGUGAAUAACCCACAGGGCAAACUGCUGUUUCCAUGCUGCCUCAGCCACUACUGCUGCCUUCUCCUGCUCUUUCCUCUAUCUGGGAUGUGUCCAGAUCUCAAACUUUGGGCAGACAUCUCCAGAGUCAUCCAUGGCUUAUCUUCACCCUUUCAUUAGAGCAGAACUUGCCAAAUCUUAAAUCUGGCUCCAACACCCUUUAUCCAUUUUUCUACCCUGUAUGGACCCAUACAUUUGAACCCAAGGUAAAUGGACUGGGGUUAAGCAAAAGUGCUGAGACAGAUAUUUAAAACAUAUUCUUGAAUGAUUAAGCACCACCUCAUAAUGACAUCAAAAACGGCAGCCACCCCCCCAGAAGCGAUGUCCACAUGUCCAUGCAGGGCUAUGGCCAUGGCACAGCAGCACGACACGGAGCUGCCCGACCCUGUUUGUCAGUGAUCGGACAAAAGCCAAGAGAGACAAGAGAAAGAAGGACAGCGGUAUGCGAUGAGAAGACAGCCCAGGGACAGUCACUGUGCAUAGCAAGGUCACUGAGCAGCAGUCCUCAAGCUGAGGGGUGCAUGGUCGCCCAGCCCCAGCGCUGGAGAUGGCAUCCGUUCAAGAUUCCAGAUAUGGCCAGAAAGAUACAUCUGACCAGAACUUUGAUUACAUGUUUAAACUGCUCAUUAUCGGCAACAGCAGUGUUGGAAAAACCUCCUUUUUGUUCCGAUAUGCUGAUGAUUCCUUUACAUCUGCAUUUGUAAGCACAGUGGGGAUUGAUUUCAAAGUAAAAACGGUUUUCAAAAAUGAAAAAAGAAUUAAGCUACAGAUUUGGGACACAGCAGGCCAGGAAAGGUACAGAACAAUUACCACAGCUUACUACCGGGGUGCAAUGGGCUUCAUUUUAAUGUAUGACAUCACAAAUGAAGACUCUUUCAAUGCUGUGCAGGAUUGGUCAACUCAAAUCAAAACAUACUCUUGGGAUAAUGCCCAGGUUAUUUUGGUUGGCAACAAAUGUGACAUGGAGGAUGAACGGGUAAUCUUUGCUGAGAGAGGAAAACAUUUAGCGGAGCAACUUGGAUUUGAAUUUUUUGAAACAAGUGCCAAGGAAAACAUUAAUGUCAAGCAGACAUUUGAGCGACUUGUGGAUAUCAUCUGUGACAAAAUGUCAGAAAGUCUGGAGACAAAUCCCACCAUUGCUGCCAGCAACCAGAACACACAGCUGAAGGACACCCCUCCUCCACAGCAGCCCAACUGCGGCUGCUAAUGCAGCUAUCAGCAAAGGCAGCUCCAGUGUGUUCUAUUGCCAACAGAGUAUUUAUGAAUGGUCUAUAUGCCUUUAUUUAUACUGUCUUAUUAAUUUGUUUUGGAGAACAGUCUUGUUUUACAUCAGCUGUUCGGAUAUGCAUAUGGGGAUUGAGCAGUUUUUAGUCUGAAAGGAAGAUCCAUAUUUUAGAACCUGGCUUUUGCAUGCAAGGUGUAUAUUCAUUUCUCUUUUUUACUGUUUUGCAUCACACUUCAGCUGGUGCCAUGUCUUCAGACCAUGUUUGCUUAUAAUUGUCUCUCGCUUCAUCGGUUUCAAGCUAUAUAGCUGAAUUUUUAGGGUAGUGGUCAGGGUGUUUUGACUUAGCUUCCUGAUGCCACUUGUAUAUUUUCCUGACUGAAAAUUAAUUUAGAAGUAUUCAUGUAGUGAGCAAAUCCCUCAUUCUGCCAGAUCACUUGUACAAGGGACACUUUCUGGAGCACAUUGCCUUGGAAAAUCCACACUCACUAUGUUACACAUCCUGGCUGACUGAAAACUGCAGAAAUCAGAAGAAAGUUAGGACCUGGGCCCAAAGACAUCAAAAUUCCCAACUGUUCAUCAACAAUUUCCAACUGGAUGUGGAUAUUCAGUCCAGAGUCUCAGAGAUAUUAGGUACUUCAUCCUGUUUGGACAGCUAGUGUAUUUGCUUUUACAUAGGAGCUGCAUGUCUAAGCAACAAUUUUCUGAAACUGACUUAAUUUCUCAUUCCAUCCUUAUGGAGAUCCCAGUCUUACCUACCCCUGUAGUAGAAGGCUAUUUAGCUCUUUCCAUGUCUGCCUGCAUGAGACACUAAUCACACAGUCCUACAUUAUGUCUGACAGAGCCAAAUCCAUUUUGUUUGGAUGUUCAUAGCCAAAAGCUGCCUUGUCACAUUGCUGUCAAACCUGCAUGCUUCAGUUUUCAGAAAUUUCAUUUCCCAUUCAGUCACUGAGACUGCUACCACCACAGUGGUUAUAAAUGUCUGUAUUUUCACUCAGACCUAUUGCAGAAAUGCUGACGGUGUCAGUGAACUGAAGUUUGACCUGAUUUUUUCCAUUUAUUUUGGCAAGAGAAUUAGGAUUUUUAAACCUUUAGGAGUAAUAAAAAAUUGUCAACAUUUCUAAUCUUAGGCUGAAUACAUUGAAAAUACCAGCAAAAAACUGUGAAGAUAACAGAAUAAAGUACACAAAUUCUUUUAUGGUAAAGUGUUAAAAUAGUUAUAUUUUAUCGUUUUUACUCCUCUAGUAAUUGGUGGAAGUUUCUUACAUCUGUGUCCUGAAGUUCUUUGUAAAACUGCUUUACUUGCAUCAUAGUGACCUUUUGUUAACUACAGCAUAACUAAAGAAGCCCUGAUUAUUUUAUUUUUCCAAUUAGACAGAAUUUAAGACAAGGCUGACAUUUUUUAGACUGUCAGCAAUGGGAAAAAUCUGAAAAAUAAAAUAAAAGGAGGUAACACAUAGUACACUGAGUGACUCACAAUUGAAAAUAAAUCCUUCUUUACAGUUUAUGUUUUUUGAAGGUAACUUAUGUAACUCCUGAUACACACUAAGAGAAAAUGGCCACUUUUAAAAAAUUUGUAAAUAAUCUAAAUACACUUUGAGACAAUAAAAGUUACUUCCAAACAAGGCAUAUAGACACAAGUAAAAAGGAUAUGCCAGGAGGGUUCUACCUGGGCUGCCUAACUUAAAUUGGUCAAUGCUGUCUUCAGUCUGGGUUUUUAAACCAUGUCUGUCCUGUUAGCUAGUUUAUUUAAGCAGUUUUACCCCUAGUAGUCAUGGAGACUGAUUUACCUCCAUGAAGAGAAAGCACCCUCCUUUUUAGAGUGGAAGACCAGCCAGGUGGAAGAGGUAUGUGCUAUCCAAAUGGUGAUCCUUGUUCUCUAAAGGGUGCUUUUUUUUUUCCCUUAGCAUGUUGCUAAGUGUGCUGAGAGACUUUCCCUAGAACGUUUUCACACCCAAGGUGCCAGCUGAUUAGAACAAACAGAAGUGAUACAAAGUUCAGCAAGCUUCAUUUGGGAUGGCUGCUGGGCAGUUUUCAUGCAUUUAUGUUAUGUCAAUGAUUCCUGCUUGAGAAGAAGGAGGAAGAAAGCCUUGAGAUAGAAUUCAGCUUCAGCUCUUGAGUUCUUUAGACGAGUCUUAGGUUGUAUUAUUAGUCUGAGCCCUCUCAGGCAAGGAGGAGAGAGACAUAAUCAAAUUGUCAAGGAUUUUUGGGCAUAUCCUGAAUCAUGCAGCUUGGCAAGAAGUGGAAGUAUUCUUCCAGUUUUGCUCUGAGAUGUGGAAUUUUCAUCUCCUGUGCACAGUGCAAUAAGGAAAAAAAGACUUCAAGGCGUCCCUUGCUGGAGUCACACUUUGCUUGUAUUCCAUUGCAAUGAAUUGAAGACCCUCCCUGCCUGGCUAUGACUGUUUAGAAUUGGUAGUAGAAGUACACUAUUAGCAUAUAUCUUUUCAAACAAAUUGAGUGAUAGAUUAAAAGUUCUGUACAUAAAUGGGAUUAAUUAAUUGCUUGUCAUUUUGCAUCAGAAGACUGGGCAGAAGAGUAACAGCAAAAUUUAAGGAGAACCCCUGAUUCAAGUUUCUGAGGCAGCUAACCUGCUAGGCCUUCAUUCAUAUCUGGCCUCCUGCAUGAGGUGGGGUGGCUGGGGGAAGCAGCUGUUAGAGUAGUGCUGUUUCUUAGAAUGCUAAAAAUGUGUUAAAAGGAAAAAGCUUAUCUGAAAUACAGCAGCAGAGAAUGAGUCUUUAUCUAAAAUCUCCUCAAAACUUUGUACUAACACUCAGACAUUGUCAUGGAGCUCAGAGUUAGAUUAAUUUUUAUAAUGUUCAAAUAAAAUACUUGGAGUUUUUCAACAUGAGACUAAAACCCUGAGAAAACCACUCAGCCCUCUCAGUUGACACAGUUUUGAAUAGAAGUUUGCAAAGAAUGACCUGCUGUGGUCCCAUCAAACCAAAUUUAUCCUUCCAUGGCUUUCUCUGAAAUUGAAAAUGUGUGGAAGUUCAAGCAGGCUUUUUCUUUUCAAACUGGGUUACCUACUGUCGGAAAAGUAGGCUUUGAUUUUCCAUCACAGGUUGGCUUUUACAGUCACAUGCUUCACAGCAAUAUUGAGUUUUCUGCUAUAAAGUUGGUCAUGUUUAGAUCAUGAGCAUCAUGAUCUCAGUAUCUCUCUCAACUAGAACCUAGCUUUUGCAGAGAAACAGUAAAGAUAGAAAAGUUUUUGAGAAGUAGCUUACCAUGCCUUCCUCAAAUAUUCCAAGAAUUCUUAAGGGACUAGCAGUGUCAGAAUUUUCAUUCUAUGUAAAAUUAUGCCUUGGCCUCCUAUGGGAUAGAAUAUCCAACAGCAGCCUGUGUCAAUCUGGUUCAAUUCCUCUCGACCUAAAGGAUCUUUUCUUAAAUUCAGGUAGGCCAAACAUUUUUGAAGAACCUGCCACAACUUGAUCAAGGGCCUAAAUUUAAAUUAUGAAUGCCUUUUUCUUCACAUAUAUCCAGCAGUCACUGAUUAUAAGUUCCUGGAGGAGACAAGCAGGUUUUGGUUAUAUCCCUAAUCUAUCCAGUGGUGUGGCACAAUUCCUUCAAGUUCCAGGCUACAAAGCACCAUAUUUUGUGAUGGAAGAGAGGAGGGCUCAGAUGAAAACUGGGAUAGCAGAAACAAAACUACUUUCAGCCUUAUCACAAGUGAAAAAGUGAAAAAGUUCUUGCACACCUUGCAACAAUUUGUUGUACUUUCAACAUAGAAAUAAGACUGAAUGUCACAGCAAAUCAUUGGUCCAGCCAUAGAUACCCCCUUCAGCAGAGAUUUAUCCAUUUGGUGAGAUACAGCAGUUAAUACACAGAGUAGUUAAAUUUCUGAGAGAUGAGAUGCUUUUGGGCAGAGAAUCCUGAGCUACAUAGUGCCAGCUGAAGCUGAACUAAUACUACAUAAUCCUUUUUCCAAGUUAUGAUCUAGGCUAAAGCUUAUUGGAGCAGGCUAAUCCUGUGCAUGGGCCAUGCACCAGCCUUAUCCUGCUCUGACAAUGUGCUGCUUUCUGCACCUUCAAGCUAUUGGUCAGAAAAUACCUUGGGAGCACCCAGGAACAUGGGGAUUGUCUGGUUCCUGUGGUGCCUCUGGCACCAACCUAUCAAACAGCUAGCCAGCCCUGCUGGGUUGAACAUCAUAUGCAUGUUUUUGAUUCUUUUAAGAGUUCAUGUUCAGAAGUUUCAAGUGCAACUGACUUAAUACUGUGUCUGUUAUUUUUGGUAGUGGUGGUUAGUUUAUGUAGACUUGUUCAUUUGGUGUUUUAAAUAAAUAUGAACUAGCCUAAUUUUCCAUCAGAAAAUACUGUUUCUCUCUGAACAGCUGUGUAAGUGACUGUUAGCUGGAAUUGUUUUUUCCUUUGUGCUUAUACUUAAUGCAACACCUAGAGAAAUUACCUGAGCAACUACAUCUAUGUGGCCUUUUCCAGAGCACCAGUCAAAAAGAUUAAAUUUUCUUCCCUGUCUGCUCAGCUCAGCUGUACCACCUGCAUCUUCUUUAUUUCAGAAAUGAAUUAUUAUUUCAGGAUGCACAAAAUUUGCUGGAGUUUCAUCCUAACUUUGAGAAUGCAUUAAAUUUGCCAUUUUUAGGGAAGUAGCAAGAAUUUUACAUUUGGUGGUAUUGCAUUUAUUUCUUUGGAGCAGACAAAUGAUGUUGUAAUUGCAUUCCAAGAGAAACCCCUUUACAAACUCCACCCAUCCUAAGCUACUGUUUUCUAUAUAUAUAUUUUUAGCUAAGAAAAUUUUAUUAUUUACAUUUUUAAAGGCAUCAACUAAAUUUCAGUUCUGAUGACAGACUGAUUCCUCCUUGGCCUGUUUCAUAUAGACUCACAAUGUAUAAGCCUAGUCUUCUUUAGCAUGACAGAUUUAGCAAUGUGGAACCAUGAGUUUGAAGCCUCAUAGAUCCAUCCUCAGGGGGUUUAGCAACAUAUCUUCACUUACACCAACAGGGGAAUAAGUUGUGUUAAUUUGCACCAUUGAUCCAUACAUUCUGACUCCAGAUUCUCCAAGGUUGAUCACUUUUCGAGUCUCAUUUAAGAAGUCAACAUAUUUCAAUUAUUUGAAUGAACUCUACCAAUUUUAUUUAGGGGUAAAUCUAGUUCACCUUUGCAAAUUAAGCUUUCUUUUCUUUUUCCUUUUGUUUAUCCAUGGGUGUUCAGUAAAGCAGAAUUUGUGACUACACACAUAUUAUAUGCAUAUAUAUACAGUAGUACAUCUUUGAUACUCAUUCAUUUCCCACGGUUACUUGUUUAUAUUCAGUGCCACUUUUCCCAAAUUUAUCCUUUAAUUGUCAUUAGUGCUGGAAAUCAAAUGUGUUACAUUUGAAGUCCAUGAGUUUAUUAACCAUGGUUCCAGCAGAGGUAGAUGGCUUGUCAUUUGUACAAUAAGAUACUUGGUAUCUGAUCGGGGGGGGAAGCAAAGUCCUGAUUUCCCCAUAACCUCACAUUCACCUAUAACACACAAAAGUGAAGGCUAGAUAGACAUUGUUUACCACUUCUGGUGAUAAAUUUCCUCAAGUAAUUCUGACAUGUACCUGCAACUAGUGAUAUAUGAAAUGUUUGUGCUGUAACUCCUGUUUGGUAUUUUGUCAGUAAUGUCAGAUGUGUUGUGAUUCAGUUGGACUAUCACAAUGUGUAACUUAUAUACUAGCAUUCGUGUAUUUCAAAUGUCUUACAUGUUGCAUGAAAAAAUGUUAUAAAAAUAGAUAUUUUUUCUAUUUUUGAAUACCUCAAGACUGAGGAAUCAUGGGCCAAUAAGUGCAAUAUUUAAUUAUUUACUCAGUGUAUAUAAACUUGUGUGAAAGGGAGAAGCAUCAUGUAUGUGUGAUAAGCUGUUGAUGAUGCCUGUGUGGCUUAAGAUUUCUAGUAAAUGUACAUGUCUUGUAGAAAUAUUAUAUAGUAAACACUUUACCAGUGUAGUGUAAGAAUAUUCUUAAGUAACUUAAGCUAUUUUUCAUAUAUGAGACUAUGGUUAAAGAUAUUUGUAUGUUUACUGCAAGUGCAUGUCAAUUUUACUUUCAGAGUUCUGAGUGUCCUUUUUUGAGAAUUGUCAUGUUACACCAACACUAGUGGGACAGGCCUUCCAUCAGAAAAUGCUUUAAACUAUUUAUAAACUGUCUGCCUAUAUUUUUUAAAGCAUGUUCUUUAGAAGCAUUAAAAGAACCUCUUAGAGCUCAGAAUUUAUGGUGAGAUAAUUAUUUAUUCUUAAAGAGUCACUUACAUGCUCUGUCUGCCUGUAUUGCAUAAUAUCAUGUGGACAUUUUCUUUAUUCUGAUACAGUUAACUCAUAAUACUUACCUGAAAUAAAUAGGGGUACCCAAUAUUCUUGCAGAUAAUUUGUCAGACUUUGGUUGGUGCACAUGUUUGCAAACAGCUUCAAGGUCACAGCCAGCAGCACAGCAGAAUGGAAGGUGACCUUAAUUGGUCAGUUUUGACAAUGAAGUUUCUUAACUUCUCUAGAUACUAAAGAUGGAAGAUACCUCCUUAAAGAUGCUGACCUACAUUCUUCACUUCAUUUUUACAUGGCCUUCAGAAUUCAACAUUUCCAGUAUUAGGAAUAAAGCUGAGGUAAAAAUGGAAAAAAAAAUGCGGGCCAGAAUCUGACCAUGAAAUUAAAAGGAGACAUCCAAUAAUUUAUUUAUUCCUACUUAUUUGCAUAAUUCUAAUGGUUUUCUAAGAACACGUGCAAGGCCAUCAGUACUCAGCAACACCUUUGGGUGCAUUUGGAACCCUAAACCCUGAAUCACUGAUCUGCCAUCAGUUCCCAGCUGUGCCCAUAGAGCCUGCAGAAAAGCUCAUUCUGUUAAUUUUUGCUAAAUCUCCAGCUUCAAAGGCAUGUGUCAUCUGCAUUGGGAAUUUACUAAACAGAGACAGAACACUGAAUCUGGGCCAUGGGGAAGAAUUGGGGAAUUUGUUUUGCCAGACAGUUUUCCUAAAAGGAAGUAUAUUUUUUAGUACCAUGCUAAAGGGUACAUAAGUAGAUUUUAAUUUUGUCUGAUGAAUUUUUGUGACAAUAUAUGAGGUUGAAUAAGUUAUGUGUUUUUGUUGCAUUGUUUUGGUUUUUAAAUUUGCUUGAUCUGGAAAAGAGUGAAAUUCUAAGGCCUACUGGAAACCGGUAUCGAAGGUUUCCUUUCUGAUGUCAUCAGAUACACUCUCUGAGAAAGCAAAGCAGCCAAAUUGCAUUAAGUAGCACAUGACAAUACUUGCAGUGACCUGAAAAGUCCUUAAAAAACUUUUUUUGUACCUAAUGCCAUUAAAACUUCUGCAAAAUUAUAUAGACCAUAGUGAAAUUAAAAUGUAUGUAGAUAGAAAUUAGGGAUUGCUUAAUAUAAAAAGGAAAUUCUUGGCAUCAGUGUUGCUGAGCAACAAAGUAAGAGUCAGACUAUGAGGUACCACUAAAAUGGAAAUGCACACCCUGCUACAUGACUCCCUAAACCUUUUGUUGUUAAGUGACCUGACAGUUCAAGGGCUGGCAGAAAAUUUUACCUAGCUUUUUUAUAAUUACUCACAGGCAUGUAAUUACAUGCACAAAAAUAAAUGCUUUCCUUGAAAACAUGUAGCUGUUCUGGUUCUCUCAAAACAACUUGUUUGCUGAACUGUUCUUGAAGAAAAAUUGAAGUAUGUGUUUAGGAUACCUUUGUGAGGGGGUGAGACUCAAUCUGUGCCUUCUCCCCCGACUCUUACUGCAAUAUAGCUACUGUGGUUUUAAAAAUAUGUUAGCUAAAAUGCUGCCUGGCGAUAAAUUUUGUGAAUCUUCUCAUAAAUCCAUGGAAGCUCUUGUCUGAAUGUUCCGUACAAGUUUAUCCACAUGGAGAGUUUUAAUUCUGUGCUGAUGUAGCAACCAUAUGUAUUCCAUUGGAUAUUCUUUUUGUAUGCGAUUUCUGUAUACCAAGUGGAUUUUGUUUGUUUAAUUUUUUUGCUGAAAGUUUUUUUUUUUCCUUUUGCAAUUAGAAUAAAUAUUCAAGAGAC